AUGAACGCAGACAUCGAAGCGCUUAUCCUCUCCGGUGACUUCUUUAACGGCGGCUCGCGGUCAAGCUCGCCACCCCGCUCGCCCUCGCCCGACCACGACUCCGAUCACGGAUGGCACGACGAGGAGCUCGCCGCGCAGGAGAAGGGGCUCGACUACGACUCCGACACCGCGCGGCGCGACGCCGCCAAGCGGCUCGACGCCCAGCAGCAGCAGCAACAGGAAUCCAUCGGCAUGGGCCCCGGGCGCACAGGCGUCAAGGGCGUCAUCCGCGAUCGCGACGAGGCGGCUGAGAUCCAGCGCGACAAGCGCCUGCGCGAUGCCGAGGAGCUGCGCGCGAAGAUGGAGGCGACGAAUUUGGGCGGGAAGACGUUCCUUGAGGAGGAGCGCGAGAAGGCGGGGCGCGGGGAGAAGGCGGACGAUUUAGUUAUGAGGGAAUUUGAUAGGAUGCGCGAGCGGCGGGAUGUGUUUGGCCAGAAGCGGGAGGCAAAGUUUGGGCAUCUUAGGGAGGUUGGGUUGAAGGGGUUUUUGAGCGCGGUUGAGCAAGAAGAUAAGGGCGUUUGGGUCGUGGUGCAUCUGUACGACUCGUCAUUAGAAAGAUGUUACCUUGUUGACGAAACGCUGGCCAAGCUAGCGCGGACAUACCCUGAUACCAAAUUCCUCCGCGCGCGAGCCGCAACAUUGGGUUUCGCCUCACGGAACUCCUCGAACAAAUCCAAACCCCUUAAAUCCCGCCUGAACUCUGUGCGUGAAGACGACGACGACGAUCCGUAUGCAUACGACGAUAAAGACUAUGACGAAGACGAUGAAGAUGCAUAUGAGGAAGAUGAAGUCGAUCUGGAUAUGCUACCUACGAUGCUGGUGUACCGCAACGGCGAACUUGUGCAUAACUGGGUACGGGUGGAUUGGGAAGCAGGUGAUGCUGGGCUGGAAGAGUUCCUCGACAAACACCAUGUUCUUCCUGCGUCCGGUGGGCGGAAGGAUAACCUGGGCUUCCCCAGUGACGAGGAAGACUUUGAUUUGCUGUGGAGCGACGAGGACGACGACGUUGUGCAUACCUUCAAGACUUGA